AUGAAUAAUGCUACGAAUGUCGAUAUCUUCGCCAAGCUGAAUACUCCCACAGGGGGUUGGGCGGCUAUUUUCGUGUGUGCUAUAUGUUUUGGCACCAAUCUCAUACCCAUUAAGAAGUUCAAAAUGGGGGAUGGUCUAGGUUGUCAAUGGCUCAUGUGCAAUGGAGUCCUGAUCGUUGGGAUUGCGGUACAGUUGAUCGUUGGUACUCUUUACAGAGUUCCCGUGUUUUAUCCUCUCGCUAUGGUUGGUGGAGCUCUUUGGGCUGCUGGAAAUUCCCUGACUGUGGUCAUCAUCGAAUCGAUUGGCCUAAGCCUUAGCACCCUAAUUUGGUCAACCGCCAACAUGCUCUUUGGCUUUACCACCAGUCGGUUCGGUGUCUUUGGAAUCCCACCUAAAAUACCUUCAAGACCGGUUAUGAAUUACGUCGGAGUUGCGAUUGCAGUUAUAAGUGUUGCACUCUGUGUCGUUAUUAAACCUUCUGCAGAUAAGAUAUCCGACAAUGAAGAAGGCAACUCAAAUCUGGAUGUUGAAGGUGGACAUAAAUGCUGCCCCUGUGGCUGUGUUCUGAUCCAGCAUCUACCCGCUGGUUUUCGACGUGCCCUUGGAGUCUUUCUCGCCAUUGUGGCUGGUUCCAUCUAUGGAAACACCUUUAUUCCCACUAUCUACAUUCAGAGUAUGGUAAAGGGCGCCAGUCAAGCUGGCUUGGACUACGUUUUCGCCUACUUUGUGGGAAUCUGGUCGGCUUCUACCAUCAUCUUUGUGGUCUAUGCUCUGGUGAAGUGCAACCGACCCUGGUUCCCAGCUAAGCAGGCAAUUCUGCCGUCCAUUCUUAGUGGCAUUCUCUUUGGUCUGGCCCAGUCCUCAUGGUUCAUCGCUAAUGUUGCUCUGGGUGAACCUAUCACAUUUCCCAUUGUUUCUACAUGUCCGGCGCUCAUUGCUACGUUGGUGGGUGUAGUCGUUUUUAGGGAGAUCAAGGGCAAGCGCAAUCUUAUUAUCCUCUGUGUCGCAAUGUGUGUUACAAUAACUGGGCUCCUUCUCAACGCUUUUGCUCUGUAA